UCAUCAUCAGUGUCAAAGCUGAUGCGUUAUCGAACCCCCCCUCUCUCACUCAUCUGUCUUUCUCCCCAUUGCAAAAUUUCUGAUUUCUCUGAGCUUCUAGGGUUUUUCCUCACAAGCACAUUCACUUACAUUCUCUAGGGCUUGCUGCGCCCUAAGUUUCCAUUCAGAAAUGGUUGGAAAAUCCAUAAUCUCAGAUGACGAAGAUGAGGUUGAAGUUGAGGAGGAUGAGAGAGAAACUGGCGAUGGAGGCGGAGUCGACGUCGAUGACCGCGAUGACGACGAUGAAGAAGACGAGGACGAAGGGCAAGAUGAGUAUGAGAAAGAUGGGUUUAUUGUUGAUGAUGUUGAUGAAGAAGAACCAGAUGAGGAAGAAUCGGAGAGGGCAGACAGCGAUGAGGAGAGACAAAAGAAGAAAAAAAGAAAGAAAAGAGAAUCGGAGAAGAAUUAUGUUCUUGAUGAAGAUGACUACGAGCUCCUUCAGGAUAAUAACAUCACGGGCUUUCAUCGUCCAAAAUUUGAGAGCAAAAAGUUCAAGAGACUAAAGAAAGCUCAGAGGGACACAGAUGAAGAGCGCACUGGAUUUUCUGAUGAGGAGGAGUUUGAUGGAAGUGGAAAGAGCGGACGAACAGCUGAGGAGAAGCUCAAAAGGAGUUUAUUUGGUGAUGAUGAGGGACCACCUCUUGAGGAUAUUGCUGAAGAGGAACUACCUGAAGAAGAAGAUGGCGACAUUGGUGAAGAGGAUGAUGAAAUGGCUGAUUUUAUUGUGGAUGAAGAAGAAGUUGAUGAACAUGGGGCUCCUGUGAGACGGAGGAAGCCGAACAAGAAGAAAUCUAGGCAGGCACCUGGAGUUUCAUCAUCUGCACUUCAGGAAGCUCAUGACAUAUUUGGUGAUGUUGAUGAACUCCUGAGGCUUCGCAAGCAAGGCUUAGCAAAGGUUGGCAAAUAUGAUGAUUCUAGUGAAUGGAGGGAAAGGAGGCUGGAAGAUGAAUUCGAACCAAUUAUUCUUUCUGAGAAGUAUAUGACAGAGAAGGAUGACCGGAUACGGGAGAUAGAUUUACCGGAAAGAAUGCAGAUCUCUGAGGAAAGCACUGGUCCACCACCAACAGAUGAAAUGAGUAUAGAAGAGGAGAGUAACUGGAUAUAUAAUCAGCUCUUGACUGGCAUGAUACCUUUAUUUAGCAAGAGGGUUACAGAGACAACUCAAGGGGAGCGUGAACUGUCAAUAAACAAGGAUGAUAUUAUGAGGUUUUUGGAGUUUAUGCAUGUUCAGAAGUUAGACGUUCCAUUUAUUGCCAUGUACCGGAGGGAAGACUGCCUGAGUCUGUUUAGGGACCCAGAGCAAAAUGAGGAUGAUAUUGAGAAUCAGAGCAAACCUGAUCAAAAGCCUACAAUGCGGUGGCACAAGGUGCUGUGGGCCAUUCAGGACUUGGACAGAAAGUGGUUGCUUCUCCAGAAGCGAAAGAGUGCUCUCCAGUCAUACUACAAUAAGCGGUUUGAUGAAGAGUCGCGUAGAAUUUAUGACGAGACACGUCUAGCUUUGAAUCAGCAGCUUUUUGAAUCAAUUACGAAGGCACUCAAGGCUGCUGAAUCAGAAAGAGAGGUUGAUGAUGUUGACUCAAAGUUUAACCUGCACUUCCCCGCAGGUGAGGUUGGUGCAGAUGAAGGACAAUAUAAGAGGCCCAAGAGAAAGUCACAAUAUAGUAUUUGCAGCAAGGCUGGUCUAUGGGAGGUUGCGAGCAAGUUUGGCUAUAGUUCUGAGCAAUUUGGAUUGCAGAUAUCUCUGGAAAAGAUGAGAAUGGAUGAAUUGGAGGAUGCCAAGGAAACCCCGGAGGAGAUGGCUUCAAAUUUUACAUGUGCGAUGUUUGAAACACCUCAAGCUGUUUUGAAAGGUGCCAGGCACAUGGCAGCGGUAGAAAUAAGUUGUGAACCAUGCGUCCGGAAGCAUGUCCGUAGUAUCUUCAUGGAUAACGCUGUUGUAUCAACUAGUCCCACACCUGAUGGUAAUGCAGCAAUAGAUACUUUCCAUCAGUUUGCAGGGGUAAAGUGGAUACGGGACAAGCCACUGACCAGAUUUGAGGAUGCACAAUGGCUUCUUAUCCAAAAGGCUGAGGAGGAGAAGCUGCUUCAAGUGACCAUUAAGCUGCCUGAUACUGUAUUAGAUAAGUUAGUAGCUGACUCUAAUGAUUAUUAUCUCAGUGAUGGAGUGAGUAAAUCUGCUCAAUUAUGGAAUGAGCAGAGGAAGAUGAUACUGCAAGAUGCUAUUUUUGGUUUUCUGCUGACUUCGAUGGAGAAGGAAGCAAGAUCCUUGUUGACCAGUAGAGCCAAAAAUUGGUUGCUUAUGGACUAUGGGAAGCUCUUAUGGGACAAAGUCUCUGUGGCUCCAUAUCAACGGAAGGAAAGUGAUGCCAACUCAGAUGAAGAAGCUGCACCGAGGGUUAUGGCUUGCUGUUGGGGUGCUGGAAAACCUGCAACCACUUUUGUGAUGUUAGAUUCUUCUGGAGAAGUAGUGGAUACACUGGAUGCUGGGUAUCUCAGUGUCCGGUCUCAAAAUAUUAAUGACCUGCAGCGUAAGAGGAAUGAUCAGCAACGCGUUGUGAAGUUCAUGACAGACCACCAACCGCAUGUUGUAGUUCUAGGUGCUGUGAACCUGUCUUGUACUCGGUUGAAGGAUGAUAUCUAUGAGAUCAUCUUCAAGAUGGUGGAAGAUAAUCCAAGAGAUGUCGGUCAUGAGAUGGAUGGUCUAAGCAUUGUAUAUGGUGAUGAAUCUCUUCCUCACCUAUAUGAAAAUUCUCGUAUUUCAUUAGACCAGCUCUCCGGGCACUCAGGUAUUGUUAGGCGGGCUGUUGCUCUUGGGCGUUAUCUGCAAAAUCCACUUGCAAUGGUUGCGACACUUUGUGGUCCUGGGAGGGAGAUAUUAUCUUGGAAACUUAGUCCUUUAGAGAGCUUUCUUACUGCUGAUGAUAAAUAUGGGAUGAUUGAUCAGGUUAUGGUGGAUGUCACUAAUCAAGUGGGCCUUGAUGUUAAUUUGGCUAUAGCCCAUGAGUGGUUAUUUGCUCCUUUGCAAUUUAUUUCUGGGCUUGGACCUAGAAAAGCUGCAUCUCUACAGAGGUCUCUAGUAAGAGCUGGAUCAAUCUACACUCGUAAAGAUUUGUUGACAGCCCAUGGUCUUGGUAAAAAGGUGUUUGUCAAUGCGGUUGGUUUCUUGCGCAUCCGGCGGACUGGUUUAGCUGCAAGCAGCAGUCAGUUCAUUGAUUUGUUAGAUGAUACAAGAAUACAUCCAGAAUCUUAUGGUCUUGCACAGGAAUUGGCCAAAGAUGUUUAUCUUGAAGAUGUUCAUGAUGAUGCAAAUGACGAUGACGAUAUGCUUGAGAUGGCAAUAGAGCAUGUCCGAGAGAAACCUGAUUUAUUAAAAUAUUUUGACGUUGAUGAAUAUGCUAAAUCCAAGAAACGGGAGAAUAAGAGAGAAACUCUUGACAAUAUAAGAUUGGAGUUGAUACAGGGCUUUCAGGAUUGGCGUAGACAGUACGUAGAACCCAGCCAGGAUGAUGAAUUUUAUAUGAUUUCUGGGGAGACGGAGGAUACACUUGCUGAAGGAAGAAUUGUGCAAGCAACGGUACGCAGAGUGCAACCUCAAAGAGCAAUUUGUGGGCUUGAAUCUGGAUUGACUGGUGUGCUUACUAAGGAAGACUUUUCUGAUGAUUGGAGGGACAAUUCUGAUUUGUCUGAGAAGUUGCACGAAGGUGAGAUUCUUACUUGCAGGAUCAAAUCGAUUCAAAAGAAUAGGUACCAGGUUUUCCUAACUUGUAGAGAAAAUGAGAUGAGGAGUAACCGUUAUCAGAAUAAUCGAGACUUGGAUCCCUACUACCACGAAGACCAGAGUAGCUCACAGUUUGAGAAAGAAAAAGCUCGUAAAGAAAAGGAGCUUGCUAAGAAGCAUUUCAAACCGAGGAUGAUUGUUCAUCCUCGUUUUCAAAAUAUAACAGCAGAUGAAGCAAUGGAGUUCCUGUCUGACAAGGAUCCAGGUGAAAGUAUUGUCCGCCCUAGUUCUCGUGGGCCCUCAUUUUUGACCUUAACUCUGAAAGUUUAUGAUGGGGUGUAUGCUCACAAAGACAUAGUUGAAGGUGGAAAGGAACACAAGGACAUCACAAGCUUGCUUCGUAUUGGGAAAACGUUGAAAAUCGGAGAGGACACAUUUGAGGACUUGGAUGAGGUAAUGGACCGUUAUGUUGAUCCAUUAGUAACUCAUUUGAAGACAAUGUUGAGCUACCGCAAGUUCAGGAAUGGCACUAAAGCAGAAGUUGAUGAGCUAUUAAAAAUUGAGAAAUCCGAAUAUCCAAUGAGGAUUGUUUAUUGUUUUGGCAUAUCCCAUGAACAUCCUGGCACAUUUAUUCUGACUUUCAUACGGAGCACAAACCCACAUCAUGAAUAUAUUGGUUUGUACCCAAAGGGAUUCAAGUUUCGAAAGAAGAUGUUUGAGGACAUUGAUAGGCUUGUAGCAUAUUUUCAGAGACAUAUUGAUGAUCCACAACAUGACUCGGGGCCCUCAAUCCGAUCGGUUGCUGCAAUGGUGCCAAUGCGAAGCCCUGCAACUGGGGGCUCAUCCGGUGGAUCUUUUGGUAGUGGUGGUGGGUGGGGUGGUUCUGGCAGUAAUGAUGGUGGCUGGAGAGGUCAGUCAAUGGACCGAGAGAGAACUUCUACACCAGGUUCACGAUCAGGGAGAGGCGAUUACAAAAAUGGUGGCAAUCGGGAUGGGCAUCCAAGUGGGGUUCCAAGGCCGUUUGGUGGCCGUGGCCGUGGCAGAGGUGGCCGGGGGAAUAAUGACAGGCAGGAUUCAGAUUACAGUUCUCAAAAAUGGGGUGCCAAAGAUGGUGGUGAAGGAUGGAGCAGUUUUCCAGGUGCCAAAGUUCAAAAUUCACCAGGCAGGGAAGCUUUUCCUGGCGGUUGGGGUGGUGGUGGAAGCGGCGGAGGUGGCAGCAGUGAUGGCGGCGGAGGUGGUUGGGGCAGUAGUGGCGGCGGUGGCGGUGGCGGUGGCGGUUGGGGCAGUGAUGGUGGUGGCGGUGGUGGAGGAAGUGGCUGGGGGCAAGGUGAUGGUGGUGGUGGAUCAGGUGGUGACGAUGCCGAUGCUGGGAGUUCUGGCUGGGGAGGCACCAAGAAAAGUUCUGCCCCACAACAAUCUGGUGGUGGUGGCGGUUGGUCUGGAAGCAGUAGUAAGGGUGGCGGUGGAGGCUGGUGAUACGCCUAAAUUCUAUUUCAGCAUUCCCAUGUUUAGAGUUUACAUAAUGAUGGGCUUUUUAAUUUUGCAGUAUUGUCAUUGUUAAAUGAUUGUUAAUACUUUGCUGGUGGUUGCUAUGUAUGCAGGAGGUCUCUAGCUGUAUGAUACAACUCUCAAGUAUUUUUCUUUGGAUGCGUGACCUCUAUAUUGUUUUGAGAGGCACUUUUUGUUAUUUCUUUUUCUUUAGAUCCAGGCCCUAUGCUUGAUUUCA